AUGAAGUACCCAUUCCACCCUCUUCUUGUUUCUCUCAUCCUAAUGUGUGUAUGUGGACGCAGCAAAGGCCUUGCUGAUCAGCUAAGUAAUAAAAACAUGAGUAUGCCCCUUUUGCCUGCUGACUUCCACAAAGAAAACACGGUGACCAACGACUGGAUUCAGGAGGGGGAGGAAGAUGACGACUAUCUGGACCUGGAGAAGUUGUUCAGCGAAGAUGAUGACUAUAUUUACAUCAUUGAUGCAGUUUCCCCAACAGACUCAGAACUGAGUGCAAGCAACAUCCUACAGCUUUUCCAAGGCAAGAGCCGAAUUCAGCGUCUUAACAUCCUUAAUGCGAAAUUUGCCUUCAACCUUUACCGAGGACUGAAGGACCAAGUCAACACUUUCGAUAACAUCUUCAUAGCACCUGUUGGCAUUUCUACUGCCAUGGGGAUGAUUUCCUUAGGCCUGAGAGGAGACACACAUGAACAAGUGCACUCGGUCUUGCAUUUUAAAGAUUUUGUUAAUGCUAGCAGCAAGUAUGAGAUCACAACUGUUCACAAUCUAUUCCGCAAGCUAACGCAUCGCCUCUUCAGGAGGAACUUUGGAUACACACUGAGAUCAGUCAAUGACCUUUACAUCCAGAGGCAGUUUCCCAUUCUGGAUGACUUCAAAACUAAGGUGAAAGAGUUCUAUUUUGCUGAGGCCCAGGCAGCUGACUUCUCAGACCCUGCCUUCAUAGCAAAAACAAAUCAUCAUAUUCUGAAGCUCACCAAGGGCUUCAUCAAAGAAGCUCUGGAGAAUAUAGACCCCAAUACUCAGAUGAUGAUUCUAAACUGCAUUUACUUCAAAGGAACCUGGGUGAAUAAAUUCCCAGUGGAAAUGACACAUAAUCACAACUUCCGUCUGAAUGAGAGAGAGGUGGUCAAAGUCUCCAUGAUGCAGACCAAGGGAAACUUCCUUGCGGCAAAUGACCAGGAGCUUGACUGUGAUGUUCUCCAGCUGGAAUAUGUGGGGGGCAUCAGCAUGCUAAUCGUGGUCCCACACAAGCUGUCAGGGAUGAAGACUCUUGAAGCCCAGCUGACACCACAGGUGGUGGAAAGAUGGCAGAAAAGCAUGACAAACAGAACUCGAGAAGUACUUCUACCUAAAUUCAAGCUGGAAAAGAACUAUAAUCUCGUGGAGGCCCUGAAGUCUAUGGGGAUUACUGAGCUGUUUGACAAAAAUGGCAACAUGUCAGGAAUCUCGGACCAAAGGAUCACCAUUGACUUGUUCAAACACGAAAGUACCAUCACAGUGAAUGAAGAGGGCACUCAAGCUGCUGCUGUGACCACAGUGGGUUUCAUGCCACUGUCCACUCAAGUCCGUUUCACUGUUGACCGCCCCUUUCUGUUCCUGGUGUAUGAACACCGCACCAGCUGCCUGCUCUUCAUGGGAAGAGUGGCCAACCCUACUAGGUCUUAGUGGCAGCAGUCUGGGCACCUAAUGUGUUUCGGGGGUACUCUCUGGUUUUGUUUCUCUUCUAACAAUGAGGACAGAGAUUUUUUUU